UUUAGUCAUUAGCGGAGAGAGAGGCACGUCAGAAUAAUCACCGCGUGGUUGGGUUGGUUCAUUUUAGCACAUUGCAGUUGCAACAGCACCACAAUAAACUGGGCAAAUAUGUCUGUAACCCAGACAAAACAAAUUAAGUUUUAUAAUCCAGCGAGUUCCGCAAGCUCCGACAGCAAAGCGAGCAAUAACAACAAUAACAGCAACAAAGAUGUGACGACUAAAGGAAAAGCAGCCACAGUUUCUUCAGUAUUUCCAACAGCCGCAUUACUAACAACAACAACAGCGCUUCAGCAGCAACAACAACAACUGCAAGCAACACCGCCGCACGCACAAAUAGAACUGCUGCACAACAAAUUGAAGAAAUUGACGAACGGUCACAGUCACAUCGAUGAUCGCUCUGAUGUGACGGAACCGCUUCACAUUGAUCCCUUUGGGGUGGAUCAGGGGACCAGUGAGUUGAACUGUUGCCCGGCGUCACCCACAACGGUGCCGGCGAAGUCGUCAUUAGAGUCGCCUAUGCGGAAAUCGGGGCGACGACAACGUACCACAUCCAUUGGAAACCAGACGACCACUGCCAAUCCGUCCGAAUGCAUAAUAAGGUCCAAUAAUCGCACCAUUUAUACGGCAGGACGACCACCUUGGUAUAACUGUGCCGGACAGCAGGUGGAACCCUUUGUCAUUGGCAUUUGCGGUGGCAGCGCGUCCGGAAAGACGACUGUAGCGGAGAAAAUCAUCGAGAGUCUGGACGUACCCUGGGUGACUCUACUGUCCAUGGAUUGUUUUUACAAGAUUCUAAAUGAGAAACAACAUGAACAGGCAAUCAUCAAUGAAUACAACUUUGAUCAUCCGGAUGCAUUUGACAUUGACUUGCUGGUCGAUGUGCUGACCAAGCUGAAGGAGGGACGUAAGGUUGAAGUUCCCGUCUACAAUUUUGUGACGCACGGACGCGAAAGUCAGACGAAAACUAUGUAUGGCGCCAAUGUCAUAAUUUUUGAAGGCAUACUUACUUUUCACAGUCCCGAGGUGCUGAAACUCCUGGACAUGAAAAUAUUCGUAGACACAGAUCCGGACAUACGUCUGGCAAGAAGGCUCAAACGUGAUAUCUCACAACGUGGACGCGAUUUAAGGGGCGUACUGAAGCAAUACCUGAACAUGGUGAAACCUUCGUAUGCUAAUUAUAUAGCACCCACAAUGGCACAUGCUGAUAUUAUAGUGCCACGAGGCGGGGAGAAUACGGUGGCUAUAGCUCUAAUAGUGCAGCAUGUGCACACGCAAUUGCAAUUGCGCGGCUUUAAGCUACGUGAAACUUUGGCCAAUUCGUAUAAGGAUCAGCCAAUGCCAGAUUCGUUGCAUUUACUGCAUCCGACGCCUCAGAUUAAGGGACUGCACACGUUCAUACGCUGCAAGAAUACGUCGCGGGAUGAAUUCAUAUUCUAUUCAAAGCGUCUCAUACGACUGGUGAUUGAGUAUGCGUUAAGUUUGUUCCCCUUCAAGGCGACGUGUGUGGAGACGCCCCAGGGUGUCCUAUAUGAGGGAAAGCGCAUGGAGUCGCGAAAAAUCUGCGGCGUGUCCAUAUUGCGUGCCGGGGAAACCAUGGAACAGGCAGUUUGUGAUGUAUGCAAGGACAUACGUAUUGGCAAGAUCCUUAUACAGACAAAUCUGAAGACUGGUGAGCCGGAGCUCUAUUAUUUGAGGCUGCCCAAAGACAUAAAAGACUAUAAAGUGAUACUGAUGGAUGCUACAGUUGCCACUGGUGCCGCUGCCAUGAUGGCUAUACGUGUACUCCUGGAUCACGAUGUGCCCGAACAGAAUAUCAUUCUUGCCUCGCUGCUGAUGGCCGAAAUUGGUGUCCACUCGAUUGCCUAUGCCUUUCCCAAGGUUAAAAUUGUUACUUCCGCUCUGGAUCCGGAGAUAAAUAGUAAGUUUUAUGUUAUACCCGGCAUUGGUAACUUUGGCGAUCGCUACUUUGGCACUGAACCCUCUGAUGAAUACUAAAAAAGGGCCAACAACAAACCAAGUUUCUUAAGUAAUAUUCCUAGGCUAUAAAUGAAAUCGUUACUUAAAUUAUCAAUUCAAAAAAAGGUGCAUUUUACUUUUUAUUUUAUUGGAAAUAUGAAAAACA